AUGGCCAAGUCAACCCAAAAGAAAAAUGCCAAAGGGCGUUUGGAUAGAUACUAUUUUCUUGCCAAGGAAAAGGGUUAUAGAGCUCGUUCCGCCUUCAAGAUCCUUCAAAUUAAUUCCAAAUACAACAAUUUUCUUUCUCGCUCCAAAGUUGUGAUCGAUUUGUGUGCUGCCCCAGGGUCCUGGUGUCAAGUCGCUUCCCAAGUAUGUCCUCCAAGCUCCUUGAUUGUUGGUGUGGAUAUUGUUCAAAUCAAACCGCUUAAGAAUGUCACAUUUUUCAGAUCCGAUAUCACUUCACAAGAUUGUAAGUCUCAAUUGGCUGGUUUUUUGAAGACCGUCAAAGCGGAUGUUGUCUUACAUGAUGGUGCUCCAAACGUUGGUUUGAACUGGUACCAAGAUGCUUACUACCAAUCUAUUUUGACCUUAAGUGCUUUGAAAUUGGCAACAGAGCAUUUGGCUCCAGGCGGGAUUUUCAUCACCAAAAUUUUCAGAUCGAGAGAUUAUAACAAAUUGAUGUGGAUUUUCAACCAAUUAUUUGAAAAAGUCGAAGCUACUAAACCACCAAGUUCCAGAGAUGUCUCUGCCGAAAUCUUUGUUUUUUGUAAAGGUUACAAGGCUCCAAAGAGAAUCGAUCCUAAGUUUUUGGAUGCAAAGGAAGUUUUCCAAGAAUUGCCUGAUGGCAAACAAAAUAUGGAAGCCAAAGUGUUCAACCCAGAUAAGAAAGUCAGAAAGAGAGAUGGUUAUGAAGAGGGUGAUUAUUUAUUGUUCCAUGCCACUUCAAUUAUGGAUUUGGUCAAGACUGAUACCCCAAUUGAUAUGUUGGGUUCAAUGUCUCAAUUCACUUAUGACAAAGAAGACCCAGAGUGGAAAAUCUUGAAGAAAAUGAAGGAAACCAACACCGAAUUUUUUGAAUGUAUCAAAGAUUUGAAAGUUUUGGGUAGAAAGGAAUUUAAAGCCAUAUUGAGAUGGAGAAGAAAAGCCAGAGAUUUGCUUGGAAUUGAAGAUGAAAGUAAAAAGGAUGAGGAUCAAGUUGAAGUUGCUCCAUUGACUGAAGAAGAGAAAAUUGAUAAAGAAUUAGAUCAAAUGGCUCAAAGACAAAAACAAAAACAGAAGAGAGAAAAGAAGAAGAGUAAUGAGGUCAAACAAAAGGAAAUCUAUAGAAUGCAAAUGGAUAUGAUUACUGAUAAAGAAAUUGGUAUCGAAGCCGCCCAAAAUGGUUCUGAAGCCUUAUUUAAUCUCGAGUCUGUGAAAAAGGCCGGUAUUUUAGAUGACAUCAGAAAGGGUAAAAAGAGAAUGGUUUUCAACAACCAAGAUACUUUCAAGGACACCGAAAUUUUCACUGGUGAAGAUGAGAUCGACGCCAAAAAUGAGGAUAGUGAUAUGGAUUAUCUUGAUGAUUUGGAAGGACAAUUGAACUCUAUGCAUCAAACACAUAAGGAACGUCUUAUCGAGAGAAAUGCUAGCGCCAAGGCCAAAUUUGCCAGAGGAGGUGAUGAUGAAGAAUGGGCUGGUAUUGAAGACAAGGCUGAUGAUGACAAGGAAAGCGAUGCUGAUGAAAAAGAUUAUGAAUCUGAUGACACUGACGGCGAGUUAUCUGACAGUGAUGAAGAUGAGCAAAUUAUGGAAAUGAUCCGAAAGAGAGACUCAAAGAAGCCAGGUCUCAGUGAAAGAGCUAAAUUAUUAUUCGAUGAUCUGAUUUUCAAAGAAACUGAAGACGUUGCGCCAGUUGCUAAAAAUCAAAAGCAAAAGAUUGUCGAACAACCAGCUAAUAAAGAGGAAGAUAGUGAUGUGGAAAUGGCUGACUCUAGCGAUGAAGAUUCUUCAGGCGAUGAAAAUAAUGGUAAAAUCCAACUUGUCAGAGGUGAAAAAGAAUUCUCCAGAGAACAAGAUUCUGACUUUGAUUCCGAAGAGGAAGAAGAAACCAAUGGCAACUAUCAAUCUAGAGUUGACAUUGCCACCGUCGAAGCUAUGACUUUGGCUCACCAGCUAGCUCUUGGGCACAAAUCUAGACAUGAUGUUGUGGAUGAAGGCUUUCACAAGUAUUCUUUCCGUGAUCAAGAUGAUUUGCCUGAAUGGUUUAUGGAUGAUGAAAAGCAGCAUUCCAAGAUUGCCAAACCAAUGACUAAAGAAGCUGCCUACGCUAUUAAAGAGAAAAUGAAGCAAUUAAACGCUAGACCAAUCAAGAAGGUUCUUGAAGCUCAAGGCCGUAAGAAGUUGAGAGCUCUUAGAAGAAUUGAAAAAUUGAAGAAAAAAUCCGAGCUUAUUUACGGGAACGAAGCUCUUAGUGAAAAGGAUAAGGCCGAUGAAAUUACUAAAUUGCAACAACGUAUGAGUACCAUCAAAGGUGGUAAACGUUCCAAACCUAAGGUUACCGUGGUGGUUGCUAGAGGUGGUAACAAGGGUCUUUCAGGUAGACCAAAGGGUGUCAGAGGUAAAUAUAAGAUGGUUGAUGGUGUCAUGAAGAAUGAAAUGAGAGCUUUGAAACGUAUUGCUAAAAAGAAUAAGAAGAACGGGAAGAAAUAG